AGUGACAGACGAGCUGGACCGCAAUCCGAAAUGGGCGCGCGCGUGACCCGAGACAUCCCCUACGACUCUUUGGGUGGGUCGUUCCCUGUCUCUACCCGUCAAAACCCCUUCAAACCCAAGGAUGGUCUGAGCGCACGGCCAUGUGCCGCCUCCUUUACUGCCCCGCUUCUCUUCCAUCCCAGCACCAGGGGCUGCCACAUCUGCUUGGACCCUGAAGAGCGAACUGCCACGAGACAGGCCAGCUUCUGCAAUGCCAUCACCUUUAGCCAUCGGCCUGUGGCGCUGUGCGAGCAGGUGCGCCUCAAGAUCACAAAGAACCAGAGCUGCUGGAGUGGAGCCGCACGCCUGGGCUUCUCAGCCAAAGACCCAUGCCUCUUGGACCCCUGCAGUCUGCCCCGAUACUCCUGCCCGGACCUGGUAGCGCAGAGUGGCUUUUGGGCCAAGGCGCUACCCGAGGAACUGGCCGACGAGGGGAACAUUGUGGCCUUCUGGGUGGAUGGGAAGGGUCGCGUCUUCUGUUGCGUGAACGAUGCUGCGAUUGCUCUCUUCUUCAGCGGGGUGGACACCGCAAAGCCGCUGUGGGCUCUUGUCGACGUGUACGGCUUGACUCGUGCUGUGCAGCUGCUGGGUGAGUCCAGUAGGAUGGUGUACCACCUGCGUGUAGCACUGAGCGCGCCAGACCCCACGCUAGCGCCAGACUACCCGCCGGCACGUUGCUCCCAGCCGGGGGCGCCUCCACAGCCAGCCUUCACCACAGUGUGUCCCGUGUCCCAGAACUGCUUCAACCUGGAGCAGUCCCGGCUCCUGCCUGCACAGCUGCACAGCGACCUGCAGCUCCAAGCACUCUGCGGGACACGGCCUCGGCCGCAGGACGGCAGGACCCUGGCAUUCACCAGCCGCCCGCUCCGUGCCCAAGAGACCAUCUUCAUCACGGUGGCCAAGCUGAGUCCUGCCUACUGCAGCAUGCUCACCUGCGGUGUGACAUGCUGCGACCCCAGAAGCCUCCAGCCCAGCGACCUGCCCCACUUCCCCGAGUCCCUGGUGGACCGCAACGAGUUCUGGGCCAUGAGAAGCGUGCCCAUCCCCCUGCACAGCAGUGACAUUCUCCAUCUUCUGGUGGACCCUGCAGGAAGGCUUCUUGUGAGCCAUAAUGGCGUUGAUGUCGGGGGGUCAGUAGAGGUCUACACAGACCCCUCACGGCCCCUGUGGAUGUUCUUCUUUCUGCACGGGCCCCUCUCACAGCUCCAGAUCCUGGGAUCAGCAGAACUACCUCAACAAGACCCACUGGCCCUUGGCGCACACCCCAGCUCCUCCUCCUCCUCCUCCACCCCCUGCAACUCUGAACCCCCCCUCUACGCCAGUCGUCCAGGAACCUUGGGAAGAUUCCCAGACACAUCUCGAAGCUUUCCCAUCAUUUUGCCAAAGCUCGUCCCAUCAUGUCCUGCUUCCUCAAGGGAGGAAUGCACCAUCUGCUGUGAGAACCUGGUGGACACGGUGAUCUACACUUGUGGGCAUAUGUGCCUUUGCUACCCGUGUGGCAUAAAGCUGAAGAGUAUGUCCAGAGCCUGCUGCCCCAUAUGCAGGAGGUCUAUCAGAGACAUCAUCAAGACCUACAGCUGCUUGUAG